AAAGUCUGAGAAGAAUCAGCACAGUUUUGCUGUGUGAUGGGUUAUGUGCAUCAUGAAGAAGAAAGAAGCUCCAGAGAAGAAAUAUGUAUCUGAUCCAACUUGCGAUUUUGACAAAGUCAGAUAAUGUCUAGGUCAUCUGCUGCUUGGGGCAUGGUAUGUUCCCCAUUCAGUUUUAUCCAUUAUACAAGACGUUGCCAAAUUUUGCAACGACUCAAAAAAUGUUUGGUUUUUUAAAAGUAAAAUAGACACAAUGCCCUGCUCCAGUCAUCAAAGUGUUAACAAAAUUUCCAAAACUAAAACUAAAACAGACACAGUCCCCUGUGAAAGGUCAUCAAGUGAAAGGUUUAAAAAUGAGAAAAGGAAGAUGAUCCCAGGUUUCAGCCCAUCUGCAUGUGUGUCUUUUGUAAAAACUGAGAGAGAGGCAAACAAACCCUGAAACGUUGGCAAAGGGCAUAUUUGACUAACAGGGUUCAGCACAUAAUGUAUAUGAAUACUGUGAAAGGAAUCUACUUUGUCUCUUCUAUUCUUCUAUUUACUUUUUAGCUCAUUUAUGGCUCUGCUCCAGUGAUGAAUGAUAAAAGCCCAGGGCUUCCCUUCUACCAGAUGGCAGCCUCAGAAGCCCUUCAGUAUGAGGGAAUUCUCUCUUUGCUUCUGCAUUUCAGGUGGACAUGGAUUGGAGUCAUUGCAAUGGACAAUGAAAACGGAGAAAGAUUUGUGCAAACCAUUUCCCCAAUGUUUACCAAGAGUGGUGUGUGUUUUGCAUUCCUAGAAAGAAUCCCUGCUUUUAGUUUUAUUUCUGAAAUUAAUGGCAUGCUACAACAGGGGGCAAUUAUAAACCAUAAAAUUCUUAGCAGCAAAGCUAAUGUUAUGGUGGCAAAUGGAGAAUCUUAUUCCAUGGCAACUUUUAGAUGGCUUCCAUACCUAUCAGAACAUGAUGACAUGAUAAACAAUAUAAAAAGUAAAGUAUGGAUAACAACUGCCCAGAUUGAGUUUGCUUCAUUUGUCUUUCAAAGGAGCUGGGAUUCAAGAGUAUUCAAUGGUGCUAUAGCCUUUGAAAUUCACUUUAGAAACCCACCAGGAUUUCAUCAGUAUGUUCUGCACAGAAACCCUUCCAGCACAGAUGGGGACGGUUUUAUCAGGGACUUCUGGCAACAGGUCUUUGAAUGUGUAUUCCCAGAUAUGACUGCAGACAAGGUAGAGGGAAAUAUUUGCACUGGAGAAGAGAAGCUGGAGAGCCUUCCUGGAUCAUUUUUUGAAAUGAGCAUGACAGGCCACAGUUACAGCAUCCACAGUGCUGUCUACGCCAUGGCCCAUGCUUUACAUGCCAUGUUCACAUCCAGACUCAGGCACAGAGGAAUGGCAUACAGAGGAAGAGGGAAGAAUCAGAAUCAACAGUUUUGGCAGCUCCAUCACUUUCUGAGAAGCAUCUCAUUUAACAAUACAGCAGGAGAUGUGGUCUUCAUCAACCAGAAUGGAGAGGCAGCAUCUAGCUUAGAUAUUGUCAAUUGCAUUAUAUUCUCCAACCAAAGUUUGCAGAGAGUGAGAGUUGGGAGGAUAGAUCCACAGGCUCCUCCAGACCAAUCAUUCAUCCUUGAUGAAGAUGCCAUCACAUGGCACAGUUGGUUUAAUGAGACUCAGCCUCUUUCUGUCUGUACUGAGAGAUGUCUUCCAGGAUCCAGCAAGAAAGUAAAGGAGGGACAGCCACCUUGCUGCUACGAUUGCCUCCCAUGUGCAGAGGGGAAGAUUGCAAACCAGGAUGAUAUGAAUAACUGCCAUAAAUGCCCAGACAAAGACUAUCCAAGCAGAAACCGGGAUGCAUGUCUACCCAAGGAUAUCAGCUUCUUGUCUUAUGAAGAACCUUUGGGCAACAGUUUAGCCUGCUUCUCUCUUUUCCUUUCCUUGAUCACAGCUCUGGUACUAGGUACAUUUAUGAAGCACCAUGACACACCCAUUGUCAUUGCAAACAACCGAAACCUCACCUACACUCUGCUCAUCUCUCUCCUGCUCUGUUUCCUUUGUGCAUUGCUCUUCAUUGGCCGACCUGAGAAGGUCACGUGUCUCCUCCGACAAACAGCUUUUGGCAUCAUCUUCUCAACUGCUGUUUCUUGUGUCCUGGCAAAAACCUUCACGGUGGUUUUGGCCUUCAUGGCUACAAAACCAGAAUCCAGGAUGAGGAAAUGGGUGGGCAAAGGACUAGGCCACUCCAUUCUCCUUUUCUGCUCCAUAGUUCAAGCAGGAAUAUGUACUGUGUGGCUGGCAACCUCUCCCCCAUACCCAGAUGUGGACAUGCACUCAAUGACAGAAGAAAUUAUACUAGAAUGUAAUGAAGGGUCUGUGACCAUGUUUUAUUGUGUCCUCAUCUACAUGAGCUGCCUGGCCACUGUAAGUUUUGCUGUGGCUUUCCUCGCCAGGAAGUUACCGGACAGUUUCAACGAAGCCAAGUUCAUCACUUUCAGCAUGUUGGUCUUCUGCAGUGUUUGGCUGUCCUUUAUUCCCUCCUACCUGAGCACCAAGGGAAAAUAUAUGGUAGCUGUGGAGAUCUUCUCUAUCUUAGCCUCCGGUGGUGGGUUGCUGGGUUGCAUCUUCUUCCCCAAAUGUUACAUAAUCAUUCUGAGGCCUGAGCUGAACAAUAGAGAACAGCUAAUAAGGAAGAAAAAUUAAAGAAAUGAGAAACCUGUCAUCUGCUUUAUUUUGUGUUAUCCUCUGUGUUCACAGUAGAAUAUUUGGAAAUAUAAGUUCACCUGCUCCCUUUUAUAAUUUUUUCUAGACUCCUAAUUCCCAUAGUUGAAAUUUCCUUUGUGAAAUUGACUUAUUUGCUUUGAGGAAAACAAUCAUACAUUUACACAUACAUUAUUCUGUUGCAGCAUGUGUUGACAAGAAGAAUUAGAGCAAUUCUUGUCAAAAUAUACAUGUAAGGAAAUCUGUAUCUAGCCUUAAUUCUCACAGCUUUCAGUAUAAUGUGAAACUGUACUAUUGCAGGCCAUGGAAUAUUUGAGUAUUCAUUUA